AUGUUAAUAAUUUUAAUUUUUACUAUUAUCGUUACACUAUUUUUUAUUAAAAACAAUAAAAAUAAACAUAUCAAAUAUCCAAAUGGUCCAAUAAAUCUACCUAUUAUUGGUGGUUUAUAUAAAAUUACACCAAAUAAGCAACACUUAUCCCUGGAUAAACUCUAUCGUCAAUAUGGUCCAGUAUUUUCAUUAAGACUUGGUUCAAUUGACACUGUAUUUUUAAAUGACCCAGAUGUAAUUGCAGAAGCUUAUCACAUAAACUCUACAUCAUUUAUGGAAAGAAUGAUGUUACCAACAUUUGUAAUUGUUGGUAAAGGUAAAAAUAUUGGUUUUUCAAACAUUGAAUAUUGGAAAAAAAUUAGAGGUAUUUUAAAUGCUGCUUUAACCAAAUCUAAAACACGUUUAUUAGAAAAUCUAUUUAACGAACAGUUUUUUAAAUUUGAUGAGUAUUUAAAGAAACAAAUACAUAUAAGACCAAUAUUAAAAAGAUUAACAUUCAACAUUAUAUUUUGUUUUCUUUUUGGUGAAUCUGUUUUGUAUGAAGAUGAUAAAAUCCCAAAAGAUAUCAUUGAUUUCAUUCAAUGUUCAGAUGAUUUACUAAAAUAUCUUAGCUCUCAACCAUCAGAUUUUAUAAAAUGUUUAAGACCAUUUACAUCACAUAAAAAAUUACAUCAUCUCGUAGAUAAAAUGACUAGUUUCGUUAAACCCAAAAUUGAUGAAAAAUUAAAAAAUUUGGAUGAAGAAAAUCCAAAAUGUUUUAUUGAAUACCUAUUAAUCCAAAUAAAAAAUGACCAUUUACAACUUGUCCAAGUAGAUGCUCUUCAAUAUAUUUGUAUUGAAUUGUUGGUUGGUGGUAUUGACACAACAAGUACAACAUUAGAAUGGAUGAUUUUAUUUUUAUCAAAUAAUGAAAACCUUCAAGAAAAAUUAUACCAAGAUAUCAAUACACAAUCGUAUCCAUUUUUAACUGAAAAAAAUAAUUUCCCAUUCUUCAAUGCCACAAUCAGAGAAACUCUUAGACGUUCACCACCAGUCCCAUUAGGUUUACCACACAUGUGCAGCGAAACUACUGAAAUAGGAGGCUAUGUUAUUCCAAAAGGUUCUUUAAUUAUCAGUAAUCUUUACUCUGCAAACAAUUCCGAAAAAUUCUAUUCAGACCCAUUAACUUUUAACCCACUUCGUUUCAUUGAAACACCAGCAAAUGCCAAUGUAAAUAUCAGCUUUUCAAUUGGACCACGUGUAUGCCCAGGUAAAAACUUUGCCGAAGACUCUCUUUUCUCGAUUGGUACUAAAUUAUUUAAAAACUAUAAAUUCUCUAGAACUACUGAUCAAGAAUAUGAUGAAAAUGCUUUAAUUGGUGUUACUCUCGAACCAAAACCAUUUUUAUCUAAAAUUACCUUAAGAAAUUAA